UUUUACAUUGUGGUACUUUUACUUAAGUAAAGGAUCUGAGUACUUCUUCCACUACUGGCUGCACCUGGAGGCUGUUACCCCAUGUGAGACCCCCCAUACUUCGUGGAAGGCAGUCACGAAAGCUUACCAUAGCAGAAUGUAGGGGAGCUGCCUCAAGUGUAGGCCUGUGUUAUUUUUAACACAUCCAUCUGUGUAUUUAUGGACAACACACUUUUCAGCCCGUUGUCAUGACAGAUGACGAAGCAAGUUCAUGACUUUGGUAUGAUGCAGUCAAACUGUGAGCUCAAGACCAACAAAAUACACAUAUCCUUUCAUACAUGUACUGCACAUAAGUGAUUCUCAAAAUAAAUAAAUCCUUUUCAUGCAGUGGCUGCUCAGAGGAGUGAGUGCUGCUGAAACAGUGUCACUCUGACACUCGUUGUGCUCUCGAAUUAUCAGUUGUCUCUAUAAAGAGCCUCAGAUCUCAGUUCCAGUCGAUAUUUGGACUCUGCUGCCCAGGGGAAAGUAAAAAGGGCAGCGCUGCAAUGUUUAAUCCCCCAAAACAUUCCAGCUCUGUGUAAUCAGACCAGACAACUGUGGCUUCUUUUGCAUCUGUCGCUGCAGAGCUGCAGAAUGACUCCUAAGCUGUUGUUGAUGUACAUGUUUCGCAGCUGUUAGCAUGAACGUAUGUGCAAAUAACGGAAAAUUAAGAAUCAGUGUUGCAUGGGUCUAACAAAGCAUGGCAGGGGCGGGGAUUUCCAUCAUCCCCUGCUUUGCGUCUUCCCAAAAUGUCCCAGUGUCGCCUUACAAAGAGUUUUUAUUUUUAGCCGGGGGGGGUUGUGAGCAUUACCGCCUGGCCCACAUCUCGAUGAGGGCUGAAUUCAGGUUGCAUUUUUAAAAAGGGGUGGGUGGAGUUUCCCCUCUCUUCUGUCCCCAGACCUGAGUUUGGGUCACAGUGGUUGGGUGUUGCCACUCUCCGGUCUCCAAGCUGGUAACCCCAACGGUCGUCGUCCUUUUUCCCCAAACUAAACCACAAAUCUGUGACUUUCAAUCAAGUGUCACACAAAUUUGAAGCAAGAUCAUCAGAUUUAAGGCCCCCUCCAUCAUCGAAACACUGCAAUGGAUCAGCACAAGUAUCGCACAGCGGGAGUCCAUGAGAAGCUGGAGAUCAUCGGGGUGGAGGAUGAGGCCGGGAACCCCAUCAGCGCCCUGACCAUCCUGUCGCUGCUGGAGCGCGUGGCCGGCAUCAUCGACAACGUCCAGUCCUGCCAGCAGCGUAUGGAGGAGCGUCAACUGGAACUGGAGACCAACAUCAAGACCAUCCAAGGCGACGUCCUGAAGCUUGCCAAGGACCACAACGACACCAGCGGCACGGUGGAGAAGCUCCUGCAGAAGACCCGCAAGGUCAGCGCCAACGUCAAGGAGGUCCGGACACGUGUCGAGAAGCAAAACGUUCGUGUCAAGAAGGUAGAAUCUACGCAGGAUGAGCUGCUCACCCGCAACAAGUUCCGCGUCGUCAUCUAUCAGGGCGAGGCAGAGAUCCCAUCAGUGGCUGUCACUAAGUCUCCUAAAGGAACAGGCCUGGAGGGGCUGGAGAUUGAGCCCGACGCCUACGAUCUCCCUGCUGACCUCUCCUCCGAUGAGGAGUACCUGAGCGUGGAGGAGUCCGACCCCUCACGAGCCGCCCGCAUCAAGAAGUCAAUGGCGAAAAGUGGGGAGACCCUGAAGGCUGCCUUCUCCAAGGAGAACAUGAGCAAAACCAAAGGCAACUUGGGCACCAGGUUCCACAACUUCGGUGAGAGAGUCAUGUCGCCUGAAAGGAGGGAGAAGAUGCACCAAGCCGGCGAGCGCCUGAAGCACUCCGGCGAACGGCUGAAGGAGAAUAUUGCCAAGAAAGCCCCAAACAAAGAGACCUUCCGCAUCAAGCUGAAGAAGGAGAGGGCCGUCGCUGAGGGCCAGGAGGUUGCCGACGCCGAGUCUGAGCACCACACGCAGGCCCAGAAGGGGGACGCUUCAGAGGCCAGCCCAGCCGUCACCUACACCGAGGUCGUCACAGAAACCAAGAGGGAGGGACCUGUGGAGGAGGCCGGCGCUACCCGGAUAGCCGGAGGAGAGGAGGAUUACAGGAAGUAGAUCAGCUGCAAUGUUGCAGCGCUGAUAUGAAGAGGAGGCUGGAAAUUAGAGAAAGCUCAUAAUGCCCAGAAGUUACAGAGAAGGUCUUUGAUUGGUCAACAUCGACGAAGGACGUUUUUAUGUUCUUGAGUUGGGUGUUGGUACUGAUACCACAAAUCUAUUUCAGGGAGUGGAUUCAAGUCUAGUUAUUCUAUCAAAUCUAAUGUUUCACUUAUUUUGAACAACUAUAUAAUUUAAAACCACUUAAUCUGAUACAAACUCAGACAUGAAUGUGAGAAUCUUUAUUUAUAUGCACUAAGAAGAAUUAAAGUUUAGGAUUGAAGGUAAAUAGUUCCUAAAGUCACUGAUGUGAUGGGAUCGGUUGUGUUGCGUUUGGGUUUAUUUGCACAAGAUGGCUGGAUGGAAAAGACAGAUGGAUGAAACGGUUGAAAAGUCUUUGAGAAGGAUGAUGAAUGUUGAUGUGAAGUUAGUGUAUCUGGAUGUACAUAUAAUGUUGUACAUACUGCCAAAACAAGGAAGGUGAAGUUAGUCCGAGCAGGCCUCAGCUGGUCUCUGAGAAGCCUAGUGAGAAAAAAAAAACAAAAAACAUGGAUUCAACGUCAGACUGGUUUCUGUACGAGAAACAAAUCUAGUAGGAAGCAAAGAAUUUUUGUGGUGCUUAAAAGUAGCAUCAGUUAAUUGCAUAGAUAAACAUUAAAGCUGCACCAGGCAAAGAGAAAUAAGCUUUGGGACUUCAUUACUCAGAAAUCCACAGAGGCUAAACUGUUAUAAUUCAUGCUGAAUGCUUAAUAUCGAGCAGGAUAAAACUGAAUGAAUAGUUAUCUGGAGAUGAACUUUGGCUGUACGAUAGGCAGAGAGUUGGUCACAGAGGGAUAAAAUGUGGUUUGCAUUUACUAAAUUAGUAUCAGAUUACUUUAGUUAACUUUAUGUUUUCCAUUUGGUUUCACUUCAUUCAUUCAGCUUGCAGUUGUGUCCAUGUUAGCCAAUGCUUUGUUGGGAGUGUUUUGCUCCAACCAAUCAGUAGCAAGUGACGGACACAAAGCGGCUGCUAGCAGCAGUUAACUUAACAUUUUUGUUGAACAAAUAUGCAGAUUUCAGACUUAUUUCUGAACACAUAUGUCAUUUUUGUGUCACUAUUUCUCAGGAUUAUAGCCAGGUACCUUACUAGCUAACUGUGUAGGAAGAUUCUUUAUCUCAUCUACAAAACUCUGAUUGUUUGGGUGUUUCUACAGCCGGCUGAAAUAACCGGCUGACCUUUGAAUCACUGAACAAAUUGGAGAUGUGGGUAGAAAUUUAGAGGUCUGGAACUAGGCUACUUUAAAGCGAGAAUAUAAUUUUUAUAAUUUUUGCUGAACAGCGUCCACUGUUGCCACAAGUGGUAAUUACAGGAUAACAGCAUAUUGAAAUUCCCUUCCGACAUGCCCUUUAGUCAGCUGCUUGAAAGAUGUAAGAGAGCAAGUGAAAUGGGACCUCAAGCAGGAAAAAACAAAUAAAGAGGAGUUAUAAAUCCAGUGAACUGACUGACAUUAGCCUCUGAGUGCGUUUACUUCUAGAUGUCUUGUGCUUUAUUUUGGGCCCAUUUCCCCCCAAUAUUCAGCCUGAAACAGUCGGUAUCUUUGGAAAUUUUGGGAUCUCCACUAGAAUUUGAAAUAAAGUUUGACUAAAGCUCAGCCAAGCAAACAAACACUGAUAAAAUCUUUGCCCAAUGCAGCUUUAAGUUUAAGUGAGCAGCACAUAACUAAAGAGAUAAAACUAAUAAAAACUUUGCAUGAACCUUAUAGUAACGCAGUCCCUUAUAACUUAAGCUUAUCUUGAUUGUCAUGUUAUAGACAUUAGAUGGCUGUAAUUACUCUUCUCAUAGUGAAUGUAGUGGAUUUAAGGCAGUCUGAGAUGUGGUGUUGGUGGCUUCAAAGCUUUUUGGUGUAUAAAUGUGUUUUUUUUUUUCAAUUUCGCUGCUUGAUAUUUAUAGUUUCUUUUGAAGUUCUGCAAGUUUAUUCUCCUGGAGUGAUUAGUGAUGUGAAAGCUUUCAUCAGGAUGAUAGGAUUCAAAGUUUUUUGGAGCUUCAGUCAUCAGAUACUCUUAAUAUUUUCUGUAGAAGCUUUGCUUAGUGCUGUCAUUUCACAUUAAUACAGUGUCUUACACUUGCUGUAUAGCUUUAAACCUCUGUUUCAUAUCAUAGCUUCCUGUAUUUCUGCUGGUGAGUUACACUGUACCGAUGUUGAAUUUAAUGCCGUAGACUGAGUAUUUGGUUUGAACAUUUUUGAUUACCAACUCAAUUUUAUGUUUUUUACAAUCAUCACAAUCCAGUUUUGACACUUUACAAUGAAAAACAGCUGAUUGAAGACCUGUGUUGUUGUUUUGGCCUGUAAUGUAAAAACAGCACCAGACAUUUAUCCUUUUGUUGUUGUUGUCAUCGUUUUUGUAUGAAUAAAGUUCUCAUGAAUGUUCUCUGAAUGUCAACUUAACAUUUCAUUAUAUUUUAUGAGGACAAAAUAUUGUCUCUGCUGGAUAAAAAAAACACUUGAACUGCA